UCAAAAGAUCAAAAACAUUCACUCCCCUGCACUGCACGGUUAGAGGAAUUGUGGGAAAAAAAAGCCGUUUGAUUAUCCGAAAUUAGAUGGACAAAUUGCACAAUUUGAUUCGAUUACGAGUUGCUGCUUUGUAUUUUAACUUAAAUUAAGUGAAGAAAAUUGCCAUCGAUUCGUCAGUUCGUGUUUCAUCUCCUCCCCCGAAGCGCGUACCAUAGUCUGAUGCUGGUAUUCAGCAACAGGAUAACGAAUUUAUUGAUACUCCAUCAGUGGCCAUGGAUAACUCUAAUGCGGAGAAUAUACUGCAGAGUUCCGUUAUAGGUGUUGAUUGCAGCAGUAUUUUGUGGAACAGAGAAAAAGAUUCUUCCGAGGAGCGGUCUCCGAAGUUUUGUCGAGCAACGAGAAGUUUUCAGCCCAAACGAGUAUCAGAACUUCCGCCGCUUGAAUCGGAGUCAGAUUCCGACGAUGAUAAUAACUUGAAUUGUGCAAUUUUGAACGAUUCCUUUCUACUGACCCCAUCGAAAACUAUUGAAGAAGUCAGCAGCUCGUCAGCAAAUGCACAGAAAUCGGUAACGACGACUGAACCCACGAAAGGUAAAGAGAACGUAACUGAACGUCCGGCUCGGAAAAAACUCGAUGACGUACUGGCGAAGCAAACGGGUGAUCAGCCCCAACAGGAGUCCGCUCCAAAAGCACCCCUCAAGCGAGUACCUUUGGUUGAUCGAUCGCAGCUUGAGAAACAGUUCAGCAUUUUCAACACCCAUGACAGUACAAAAUCUUCGAAAAUGCAAGAUUCGGGCAUCAGCAUUGCUAGCUCCACAAUUUUUUCGAUACCGGAAAACGUUGCCGAUAUCGAAACGAAACAACAACCAUCUGUCGAGAAAGUCAUUGAGGGCGAGUCCACACCAAUGGUUUGCGAAAAUCAUCCAAAAAUCCAAUCGCCCCCAAAAGAAUGCCCUGAAAUCAGUGACAGAAAUCGACAUUUGUUUGUAACGCCGGGCGAUAAGUUAAGUCUCAAUCAUGCUCGAGGGACUACAGGUAGAAUGCUUACCUCUACGGCCAACCGAAAGUCCCGCAAUACGCUUGAAAACGAAUUCAAAUCCCAAAAGAUCUUAUUUGCAACACCAUUGUCAACAGGACUGGCCCGACCACCGGUUUCGGCAAACGACAGUUUAUCUCUUUCACUGGUAGACACACCCAUAAAAUCUAAGGAUCGUCCUUUGUCACCAAUCAAAGAACAAAUACGUCCUUCGAAACGUUCAACCGAAGAUCUUUUCCCAUCGACGCCGGCACCCGAAAAGCGAUUAUCACCGGAACCGCGAGAUGUUCCUCCAAAAUCGAACGAAAUAGCUGGAAGCAGUAAAGAGUCUCUCCCAACGGUGAUGCCGGAAUCGAAACCUUCACACAUUGUUACUAUCAACGGCAAAGACUAUCAAAUAAUGAAAAAACUUGGUUCAGGUGGCUCGAGUUCCGUGUUCUUGGCCAAACAAUCGAAAACGGGGUUGGAAUGUGCACUAAAGCUAGUGAAUUUGGAAGGUGACGCCAGUCUAGUGGAAGGUUACCUAAAUGAGACGAAGCUUCUGGCCAAGCUACAAGGAAAUGAAAACGUUGUUGCUUUGUACGAUUACUACCACAUUCCCGAUUCCAAUCAGCUGUUUUUGGUGAUGGAGAAAGGAGACUCCGAUUUGCACAAAAUACUGCAAAACUAUCGAAAAGACAUUCCUCUAUUCUCGCUGAUGCAAAUCUGGUAUCAGAUGAUACAGUGCGUUCACUACAUUCAUGAACACGGAGUCAUCCACUUGGACCUGAAACCUGCAAACUUCCUCAUGGUCAAGGGACGGCUUAAGUUGAUCGAUUUUGGUAUUGCAAGUAAUAUUGCUUAUGAUUCGACCAGUAUCAUGAAAUUUUCCCAGGCAGGAACAUUCAACUACAUUAGCCCGGAAGCACUGAUCGAUACAUCAACGGAAAGUAGUCCAAUCAGUGCCCAACCGAAGAUUCGAAUGUCGAAAAAAUCGGACAUCUGGUCACUAGGCUGCAUCCUGUACCUGCUGCUGUACAAACAGACGCCAUUCGCCCACAUCAAAAACAUUCACACCAAGGUGAACAUCAUUACGAAUCCAAAUACUGUCAUCGAGUAUCCGUCCCUUCCCAGCUACUAUCCACCAAUGCUGUUGGAAAUGCUGCAAAAGUGUCUCAGAUACGAUCCUAAAUCGAGAGCUUCCACAGCCGAACUGCUGGAGUACCCCUUCGAUAUGGUGAUACCGUUGUCGGCACUGGCCAAGUAAUCUACCUAUACGUGAUUUAACUUUUAAAAGCUCCUUUGUACAUAACUGCGUUGAUGCAGCUUCAUUUUUUAAAAUAACAAGAUAAAACCGAUUGCAAAUAUUUAUUUUUUAAAAGUUUACCACUUAACGGAUUCUAAGAAAGUUUAUCUUUUACACGACAGCGAUCAGCAUUAUAAAGAAUAAACGAAUUUAUGCGAGAGCUAGAUAUAUGUUUUUUUUUACAGAAAUCGAA